UUCGUUCCUCACCGCUUCGCUGCUGUCGCUGCUGCUGCUGCUGCUGCUGCUGCUACAUCCGCCAAGCCCACUCCGAUCCACCCUCAUCCACAAGCACAACCACAGCCUCGCUCUCACCCUCUCAACAACCUUGGCUCCACCUCCGCCGCCGCUGUAGGCGGCGGAAGCCCUAAGAAGGUUGCCGGCGCAGCCCCUCCUGUCGCUGGUGAUGAAGACGAUGCUGACGCUUACAGCGAGGCCGCUUUCUGCUCCCAGGUCGAACCCAAGUGUCCUCCCCCUUUUCACGAUGUUAACCCUAAUUGCUUCGCGUCCGAAGACGACGCCAACCCUUUCGCUGCCACCGAGGAUGAAACUGACCCUAACAAAUCUAGGCCUGGUAAUAUUCGCAUCGAGAAGCGCAAGGACCGUGACGAGCUCAGCGAUGGCGGUACCCCUUACAGCUACAAGAAAUCCAAAGCUGGUGGCGGUUCCGCCACCGUCACCUCUGGUGGAGGCGAUUACAGGAAGGAUCGAGAGGAGUGGAGCGAUACCGCUAUUGGUUGCCUACUUGAUGCGUAUACGGAUAAGUUUAUCCAGCUGAAUCGGGGGAAUCUGAGAGGGAGGGACUGGGAGGAGGUAUCGUCGAUUGUGAGCGAUAGGUGUGAUAAGCAAAAGUCUUAUAAGAGUGUGGAGCAGUGUAAGAAUAAGGUGGAUAAUUUGAAGAAGAGGUAUAAGGUUGAGCGGCAUCGGAUGACUAGUGGUGGUAUGACGGUUAGUCACUGGCCUUGGUUUAAGAAGAUGGAGCAGAUUGUUGGGAAUUCUUCCUCGUCUAGGGCUUUGUCCGAUGAAGAAAAAUCUAUGGGGGCCUCUUCUAGUAUGCUUCGGCAGAACAAAAGGUAUUUGUUCUUUUCAAUUAAAAAUUUUCCCUUGAGGUUGGAUUUUCCAGUGGCAUUAUUUUGUUCUGAUAUGCCAAUUGAUGGGUAGUUGCAUUUUUUUUUUGGACUAAUCUC